AACCUUCGUAGGACUUUGUUACAGCGUUGGCGUACAGGUGCAAAGCUUGUGUUCUCCAUCGCCAAGCAUGAAACUUUCUGGAGCAUGACGGCAACAUCAAGCGCCACCCUCGUCUUCAAACAAUUCCCUAAGUUUCCCCGUUCAAAUUUCCAGCUUCGCCCUUUAAAAUUUUCCACUCAAAUACUUCCAAAUCCCCAGAAUUUUGAAUCUGCCAGAACCCGGAAAAGCAGCAAGUUCCUCGUCUUUUGCAACUCGCAGAUCACGAAACACGGAAGGAAUGGGUGUAUUGAGGAAGCCGAGUCCAUUUUCAAUCGUAUGCCCCACAAGAACACCGUUUCCUGGACUGCCAUGCUCACGGCAUACGCUGAAAAUGGCAAAACGAGUAAAGCGCAGGAAGUGUUUGACAAAAUGCCUGACCGAAGUAUCGCAUCCUAUAAUGCGAUGAUUACGGCAUACCAUAGGAGAAACAUGGUAAAGGAGGCUUUUGAGCUGUUUUCUAGCAUGCCUCAGCGUAAUUCUGUUUCCUAUGCGACCAUGAUCACUGGGUUUGUCAAUGCUAGAAUGUUUGAUAAGGCUGAGAAGUUGUAUCGUGAAAAGCCGGUUACGGUGUCAUCUAAUGUGUUGAUCAAUGGGUAUUUGAAGGUGGGGAGAAUAGAGGAUGCCGUUCGGAUCUUUGAUGGUAUGGAAGAAAAAGACGUGGUUUCUUGGAGCUCCAUGAUGGAUGGGCUCUGCAGGGUUGGAAAUGUUAUUGGGGCUAGAAAGUUGUUUGAUAAAAUGCCUGAAAGAAAUGUGGUUACUUGGACAACAAUGAUUAAUGGGUAUAUGAAAAUGGACAGUUUUGAAGAUGGCUUCACAUUGUUCAUAAAUAUGAGAAGGGAAGGGGUGGAGGUUAAUGCAACUACCUUAACCGUUCUGUUUGAACUUUGUGGUUGUUUUGAUCGAUACAAAGAAGGGAUUCAGAUCCACGGGCUGGCUCUAAUCUUGGGGUUUGACUUUGAUGCUUAUCAAGCAAAUUCUAUGAUCACGAUGUAUUGUAGAUGUCAUUUUAUUGAUGCAGCUGCUAAAAUAUUUGAUUUAAUGGUCAAGAAAGAUACAGUUACAUGGAAUUCUUUGAUUGCAGGUUAUGUUCAAUCUGGGAAUGUGGAAAAAGCUUACUUACUAUUUGAGAACAUGCCACAAAAGGAUGUGGUUUCUUGGACGACUUUGAUAACUGGAUUUGCUAGCAAGGGAAUGGUUGACAAAUCCAUUGGUUUGUUUCAAAUGAUGCCUGAGAAGGAUGAUAUCGCUUGGACUGCUGUAAUUUCAGGGCUUGUGAGCAAUGAGGAAUAUGAGGCAGCUUUCCAUUGGUUUAUUCAGAUGCUUCAGAAAGCAAUCAAGCCAAAUCCACUCACUUUGAGUUGUGUGCUUAGUGCCGCAGCUGGUGUCGCAAUAUUAAGCCAAGGGUUGCAGGUCCAUGCUCUUGUGACAAAGAUGAGUAUGGAAUCUGACUUAUCAAUCCAAAACUCUCUGGUUUCCAUGUAUUCAAAGUGUGGAAAUGUGGCUGAUGCGCUGAGGAUGUUCAAUUAUAUAGAAGUUCCUAAUGUUGUUACUUACAACUCCAUUAUUACAGGUCUAGCUCAAAAUGGACUUGGGAAAGAAGCUCUUAAGUUAUUCACGAAAAUGAAAGAUGAAUACCUGGAACCUAAUCAGAUCACUUUUUUAGGUGUUCUUUCGGCAUGUGUCCAUGUGGGACUUGUGGAAAAGGGGUGGAGAUACUUCGAAUCUAUGAGAUCAUUGUGCAACAUUCAACCUGAGGCUGAUCACUAUGCUUGCAUGGUUGAUCUCCUUUGCCGAGCUGGAAUGUUCAAUGAAGCAGUCCAUUUGAUUUCGUCGAUGCCAUUUGACCCUCAUCAGGGUGUUUGGGGAGCAAUGCUCGGAGCAAGCUGGACACACCUGCGUCUCGAUGUUGCAGAGCUUGCAGCUCGAAAUCUCUUUGAACUGGAACCUAAUAAUGCAACACCUUAUGUGGUUUUAUCUAAUUUACACUCUAUUUCUGGUGAUAAGAAGGAAGAUGAGCUUAUAAGGUCGAUGAAGAUAUCAAAAGGGAUAAAGAAGAGUCCAGGUUGUAGUUGGAUAGUAAUCAAGGAUAAAGUCCAUCUAUUCCAUGCAGGAGAUCGAUCCCACAAAGAUAUAAAAGAGAUGACACAGAUUAUUUGCAUUUUGGCAGUAGAAAUAGGAAAACCUUAGAUAUCAUAACAAUGAAAAAGUGGCAGAAUCAGAUUGAUUUCUUGAGAAUUGUUGCUACAAUACCUGAUAUUUGGAAUUACAUUUUUGUCAUGGAUAUAGGAGACAUCACCUUGUGGGCAUUCAUGAUCUGAUUAAGCAAGAGAUUCAUCCAGGCUGUGCGCAGUUUGAGGAGUGGUCCGAGUGAAAGAAGGUGUUGAGAGAUAAAGCUGUACAUAUAGAAAAUCUUAAAAUCAAAAAGUUCCAUAUUUCCACAAUCCGGAUGCUGGUGUUAAGAAGGAAGAAGUGAGAAAUCCUUCACUUUUUUGAUAUGGGAUUGGGAAUUAUACGUAUUAAAGUUGCUAAGUGAUUCUUACAUCGGCUUUUUCGAACAUAAGAUGGGUUUAUGUUGCUUCUUAAAACUUGGGAGGAAGCUGUGUUUCACAAGGUACAACCCCCGCUCUAAGUAACAAUAAAAGAAGAUUCAAUUCAAUCCAUGUUGAUCAUAAGAAGGCUAUAAUUACGAAAGCUUUACAUUGUUAACAAACAGAAUCUAGACAUCUUUGUCUUAAAAUUCUUUUGGUUUCUCUUCAAAUAAGCCACAAUGGAGCUCUACAUGCACAAUUUCGAAGAACCUCGGCCUUGCCUUUAAGCUGCUAGACCAUGGCGGCUUCCAAAAGCCCAAAAUGCAAGACCAUUCACUAAGGCCAAAGAGCAAUGGAGGAAAAGGUGGUCCAAAGAUUCUCCAUCAGGAUAGCAUAGACAGAGAUGUGGAAGAGGUUACUCAUAAAUGAUAGAAGCUGUCACUACUACAGGGCAACCAUAACAUAUAGUCUUUGUUCAAUUUAGUAAGUUGGCAACUAUUCUUUUCAGUACUACCUUAAUAGAAUAGUGAAUAGUGUGGUCAGAUUACGUGGCUGAAUACCACGGAGGGAGCAUGUACUACUGAAUUAUUUUUUCAAAUCUAAACGAAGAAGCUUGUUUUAA